CGACCUCCUACCUACCUGUCUACCUAAACAAGACAACCAACUGAUAUCCUCUUUUCAUAUCGCUUCAGCAGGAGAUAAUUAGUCCCUUAGAAGGCAGAGCCUGUGGUUGGCUCUCUUGUUAGGCAUUGAAGAUAACCCCGCGGCUGCUCCCGCAUGGACCGAGCCGAUCUUGGCACUGACCAACACUUUGCUCGACUCAAUCUCAGUCACCGAAACUUUUGAGGCUUCGUCUUGCAACGCACUUUGUCCUUUCCACGCCAGAGGCUCAAUUCUAUUGUCUGACCGAGUCUUUGUCAGGCCGUUCUUGUCUUAUUGUUUGUUUCAUAGCUGUUGGCUAGCGUAUCGCUUUUGGGUCUCUCUCGAAAAGUCUUAUCGUUUUUAGUUAUUCUCCAUCCCAUCAGUUCAUCAUCUCCGCCAGCUUCCCUCCAUCAAUAACCAAGCUGUCUUGAGGCCCUCACUCAGCUUCUGCGUACCCAAUCAACAUCUAGCUACUCAUAGCACCCCAUAGCAUCCAUAGCUACCUUAGCUUUCAUUCAUCCAUAGCCUAAGCAUCCUAUCUCGCGGUACCUUACAUUAUUAGUUGCGCCACCUACAAGCGCUUCAGCCAUGUUUGGAAACUUCACCUCCUUCGCCGGCAUUCCGGCCAAGAGCAAGGUUGAUCCUAAGGACGUGCCGCCCCCUACGCCGGUUACUCUUCCUCGCUUCCAACCUUUUGCUCAGGACGACGAUGCCAUUGAUGAAUCGUCUGCACUAUCUACUCUUCUCUGUAACACUGGAAGAUCAACUGCGGCUCUCGGUCCGUCGGGUUUCUCUGCCAUUGGUCUUAAUCUGCACCUCGAUGCAAAGCCCAAAGACCUGGUACCUGAACCUUCAUUGAUCCCGGAUUUUGAUAGUUGGGACAAACUGUCGUCAGACGAAGGCCAAGAGAAGAAUCAGUCCACCCGUUACCUCCUAAGAAAUGGCAACCUGUCUCCUGGCUGCCAUGUUUACCUCGAACGCAAGAAGGAAUUGUCGAAUGUCAAUGAAGAUGCUUUUCGAACAGUCAGAAGGCUUCCAGCCCCCAAAGGAAAGACGCAGGCUCGUCUAGGGAAUGCCUAUGAGUUUUUCCGUUGCCUUGAAGCCUUUACCUCUUUUUGGGAUGACCCAACUCAGCCAUUACCGCUUCCUCCUUCCCCUGAGGCUUCUCCCGAAGUUACUUCGUCGGGUGAUGUCGUGAACUCGGGGGACGCAAAACCUGCGAGUCCCAAGCCAGAUGAGAGCGCAAACUUCUUCAGAACCAGCGCUGGAUCAUCUAUGCCACUCGAAUAUCGCAAUAACCUGAUAACAUCAUUCAUCAAACUUGUUGCUUAUGACUUUGGGUGCAACGUCUCGCCUUCUCGAACCGAGCCACGACUUCACUUCAGCUCACCCCAAGGAUCUGGUUCUCGCAAAUCUUUUUGCCCCUCUGGCUGCCUUUUCAUAUUUCAAAGUCCCACAACUCGUGAAGCCGCUCGUGCUGGUGUGGUCCACGGGCCCGUCGCCGCCGUCAGUGCCAGAGGUACAACUGAUUUCACUCAGCCUGAUCCUGAGACUGCGCAGUCACUCGACCUUGCUCGAGAGAUCGUAGCAGCUCUUAUUACAGCGCAGCAUCGCGCACGUGAAGGGAAGACUGAGAAGCGAUUUGGUGAGGGAGAAUGGUGGACGACCAAGAAGCGCUGGGGAGGCGGUCCAGGAGGGCCCAUAGGACGCGAGAUCGAAAAGGACCAAGUACAAGGCGAUAAGGACGCGAAACCUAGUGAUGAGAACGGUCUUCCUAUGCCACUUGCUAAGAAACCUCGCAAAAACAUGAGCAUCUACGACAACUAUCGCAUGAUUCGACCUCCAUCGUCGACCUGGGACAAGAAGGCUCAAUACGAAGCCAUUGGGAGGCGCAAAGGGGCUGACUAUGACGAUAUCUUUGUAGUGAGCUCGCUGUUUCACCAUAUCUCGCUCAUCCGUGUCAGAGUACCUAAUCGGUUACUUGAGGCUCUGGAAGGGGCACGGGAGCCAGAUGCAUCCAGGCGAAGUUGGGGUAAGGUUGAGGCUUGGAGGAGCCCCUGGUACGAUUUAUUCGAUACCACACAACGACUAGCAGCUAUGAAACUAGUGUGGGCGAUGAUGGCUUACCAGAUGAGAAAAGAUGAUGUGUCUGAUGGAGACGUUGCUAUGACCAAUGCCUAAGGUUAUUUUGAGGUGGGCCAUGGGUUUGAGGAAACCUCAUUCUUGCUUGCAUUAGUACAUUGGAUCUCAGCAUGAGAGGUCAGCACAAGGUUUAGGAAAGACUAAGAUGGCAUAGUUGCCCAGUUGGUUGAUCACACGCAUACAUAGGGUAUCCAUACAUAACAUGCAUUAACCAGGGUCACAUUCCCGUCUCCGGUCCCGAUUAGCUUGGCUUUUUCUAUCAAUCAGAUACCCUUAAGGAGGAAGGUUACAAUGAGGCGGCAGCUGAGACUGGGACUUGUAUCACCUGCAGCUGAUGCUGCAUGGAUUUCUUCCGGUAGGUAACUCUGGCUGUACCUCGUAAUCGUCGUCACGCCAUCAGGGAUUCGAGCAAUGAAGGCUGAACUGGAAGUCUCAUGGUGUUGGUACACGAUCACGUACGAUGCAACACACAGAUUCCAUGAACCGUGUGCUGGGGAUCUAGAACAAUGAUUCAGUGGACGUGAAGACGGGUGCUCGGGUAACCUCAUGCAAGGCAUGGGUAUCGACCUUGCCGUCUGGUCUCUUGGUGUUGGCAUGAGAGGGCAUGGCAUGGCAUACUGUUUCUGCAGGGUAGGGAUAGAUCAGGGGACUUGAGACAUGUCGAGCAUGCCACGAGACAGAUCGAAGCUGAGGGAGACGCGGAGCAUAGCUUCCUAUAGCGUUCCGUAUCGACGGGUGAGCUAGCAGGCUGGUUAAGGAAAUCACCCCAUAUUGUCUUGGAUAUCAAGCGAAUGUGGAUAUGUGUUGGUGUUGAUGUUUGUGGCUGCAUUGAAAGGCUGAAGCUAUCUUAUUUGGGAUGGAAGCCCGUGUGGCAUAGUCGGGUCUAGCGACGGAGUACGUUUCUCGUUUGGUAUUCCACUUCGGGAGGCUUGUGCCUUUGGCUUUUGGGGCUCUGAGGCUUUUAGUUUGAGCCUGCCGGACAUAAUACGGAAAAGAGAAGGAUGUAUCGGUUGAGGAGGUAUGUGAUGGUGAGUGCGUAGAGUUCUUAGGAGACUCCGAGAACUAUGUCAUGGUACAUUUGCUUUGCAGCGGUAAUUGGAGUGCUGUACGGAUACCGACAAUUCGGAUGACAUCUCAAGGAGAUUGGGUAUUGUCAUCAAAUGAGGCCCAGUGUGAUGGUAACCUAACGGUCCAUGUCCAUUGUCAAUGUCCAUGCCAUGAUAACCUACCUUACCUACAUACAUAAGCUGAGGCCCUAGUCACAGCCACGAGAAUGCAACUGAACAAGACCCUCGGCCCUAAAAACCGUUCAUCGCAAGUGGCCCAAGCUCCUCAAGCCUCAAUUCCCCGCUCAGCUCCAGGCGGCGGAGCAGCAACGUCCGUCAUUGGCCCACUCAGCCCUGGUUCAGCUCUCGGUCUGUCCGUCUGCUAAGCCGUUACGGGAUGAUCUUCGUGCCGUAGACGGGGGAGCUAUCGGGUAAUUUCAGCCAUUUUUUUCCUCCUUUGUUGUGUUUGCAGGUGCAUGCAUGAUCGUGAAUUUGUUGUCGUCUAACGCCCUUGCUUGGACGAUUGGGGUAGCCCCUAUUGGCUGUAUGUAUGUUAUGUCUUGUAUCAUUUGGCUAAUGGUCGGUGAAAGUUAUGAUGGCUUCGGACAUGGCUGCGCAGAAUAUCGUCAUCUCUUUGGCCGUUACUCUUGUGAUCGUCUGUAUACCCCGUAGUCAAGCCUCCCCAAACACAAAAUAGAGUGCUUAUAGAGUGG